AUGGUGUCGCUUGAGGAGUUGCAGCGACAGUUCAUGGCUGUCCAGGAGGCAGCGCCGACGCAGACACUCUCUGAGAGAGCCUGCGUGGACAUCGUCGUCAAGUUGAUGGAAAUGAAGAAAAUCCAGCUGGUGACGACGACGAACGGCAAGGAGUUUGUCACUUUCGAGACGCUCGCGCAGGAAAUCCGAACGCACCUUGCGAACCAGAAAGGCCGCGUUAAUGUGAUUGAAAUGGCGACGGCUCUCGGUGUGAGCCCCGACGUGGUUGAGGCGAAGACAGAGGAAUUGACACGGAGAAGCCGGCAUUUUAUGCUUUUGGAUGGCGAUCUAAUUUCGACGGUUUACCUCAAUUCGCUGGCCGCGGAAAUCGAAGAGCUCCUCGAAGAGAAGGGACAGCUGACGAUUGCGGAGUUGUCUCAAAAGUACUCUCUUCCGGCGGACUUUCUGCGUCAGGAGAUCCACGAACGCCUCGGCACGGUCAUCCACGGAGAACUGAGAGACCAGUAUCUGACGACAGCGCACUUUUCGCGGCGAGUCGAGAGCAUCGUCCGCGGUGUCUUGACAGGUGCAUGCAGGCCUGUUGCUGUCUCCGCUAUCUCCACAGAGUUCAAUCUCCCGAACGACAGCGUGACAAAUGCUGCAGUGCAACUCAUCCGGCUCGGGCAGCUCCACGGGCGCCUUCAAAGCGGCCUCUUCACCCCUGCGUGCUUUUCGAGCGGCCAAAGCGCCAAGGUCACCUCUUUCUACAAAGCGAACGCGUUUGUGCCGUUCUCCCUUGCAAAAGACUGCGGUUUCUCCGACGUCCACGGGCUCCUCCAGAAAGAGCUUCUGGACGGCAUUCCGCUCGCCACGGUGUACGUACACCCCCAGCUAGUCGCCCCCCUUCAGGCGAACAUUCAAGAGGCGGCGUCGGCGGCGUCUUGGGCAGAUGUGAAUUCUCUUCUUCCAUCCGCUUUCUCGCCAGAGGACGUUCGCAUGCUGUUGCUACUCGCGACGGGCGAGGCUGCGGCUGGCCGCAAAGCGGGUAGCUCCCCCUCCGCGGCCUCGAAGAAGCCGCUGCCGGUUGUAGCUUUCGAAGACGGCGUCGUUCUCUCGCACGGUUUCUUGGACGUUUUCUGUGAAGCGGCAGCGCCUUUCCUCGCGAAGAAAGCCGCCUCCGCAGCAGAAACCGCCCAAGCUGGCGGCCCUACGAAACACGUCGAGGAGACCAGCCAGGCAGCAGGCGCUCCCGGCGAUGACUCUGAGGAGGACGGGGAAGGGCGAAGCCGGAGACGCGGGAAAGGCUCUCGGCGGGGGAAAGCGCCUGAAGGCGAGAAGAAGAAGAAGGCCUCCGCCCAGGCACCUGCCUCAGGCGCGAGUAUCUCCCUGGGCGACAUAGAAGAAGCCUGUUCUGGAGAAGCUUGGGCCGGCGAAAACCCUCUCGCGGAUCUCUGGAUCACGCUCCCUCCUCAUGUUCAGCAGAGGCUGUGGGAGACAGUCCAAGCCCGACUGAACACUCACUAUCAGAAGUGUGUCGCCGACUCGCGUCGAUCUCUGCGGGAGCAACAGAGAGUGAAAACGGAGCGAAAAGCGGCGAACCUCCAGGAGGAGUUUGAGACGAUUGUUCUCGCAGUCAAGGGUCUCGAGGCUCUGGGCAUUUUGGACGACGCGAAACACCCCCUCGUCGUUCACCUCUUCAAAUCCGUUGUUGGACCUCUCCUCGAUUCUCUCGUCGAAUCCGCUGUCGCCGAGGCCACAGAUGAGCCGCCGCAGGUGACGGCUCAGAAUCGUCGACAGUGCCUCGAAAAGGCGAGACAGACUGGCGCCGAUGUCGAGAGCCUCCUGCGGGCGUGUGACAUCGCCCAGAAGCGAUCAGGCUCAGAUCUUGUCGAUGCGCUCCAAGGCGCUGCUGAAGACAGCCACGUCUUGCUGCUUCGUCUGCCCGACAAGCGCCGGAUGAAGCAACUCGUCUCGUCCCGGAAAGCGGCUUCCCAGGCCGCUCUGUCGAACUCGACUGCCUGUGAUCCGCAAGGUGUUCUGCAUGCUGCGCUCGGCCUUCUCCUUGCUCAACGUCUUUUCCCUCACGGCUCCAUCCUGUUUCCCAAGGACUUCUGGGCGCUGACGACCGUCUGGGCCUUGCUCGAGAAAGGCGAGACUGGAGCGGCAGCAGAGAACGGAAGCAAGGGAAGCCUCGCCUUGGCCGACGUUCAGCCCCUCUGGCUGGCGGUCAGUGCUGAAGAGGAAAAAACAAAAGGCCACGGGAGUGACAACGACGCGCGGGGUUCCGACACACUCCGGGCAAUGGAGUCCGAGGCGUCGAGGCUGCUGGAUGUGUUCGCGGAAAGAAAUCAAAGAUAA